CUUGAUAUUGGAGUAACGAUAGGUUUGGCUGGGAGCAACUUUUUGUAUGGUAUAGUGUCCAUGGUUUGAAUAGUAGUGGUCGGAUAGCAGUAGCAGUUGACACUUUAUGGCUAGAAGGCUUAUGGAUUUGAACUCCAGAUUCAAACUUUGCUUUUCAUGCUUUUUGUUUGCAAGCCUUGUUUCUUAUGGUCUGUGUUCAGAGUCACCUUCAUACGACAUGAGUCAAGUCCGGGAUAUGAGGGGCAGUACGAUGCAUACAUAGUGGCUAAGAAUGCCAAGUGACCGGUGGGAUGCCCUUCAAGAAAAUUCAUCUCCAUUAAGGACCUACAAGAGAUCAAACUUUUUGAUUCCAGGGAAAGAACUUCUACUUUUAUUGUACUCUCUGGUUGUUGUGCAAAUACGUGAACAAUUUUGUCACCUUGUAGAUUUCAAAUUAGUGAUUGCAAAGCCUUAUUGGAUUGCCGCUUUUGAAUGGCAGGGACUCGUGAAGCACAAAGAGUGACACAUGGAAAUGGCGUGCAACCUACUUACACAUAGAAUAUUUCAAGAGAUUGUUCCUUCAAAUGCUGGAAAUGUUCUUGGUACUGAAGAUAACAUUCUGACAAAGAAGCGGGUAUCACUUAUUGAUCACCAGGUGAUGAAUAUAUUGGUGGGGAUGCAAGAAAUGGACCAUAUUUUUCACCAUUCCCAUAUGGCUAUCGUACUUCAACACCUAUGGAAGAAGAUGAUGAGCAGCCAAAUACUUCUAGUUCCUAUUGUAAAUAAAGCAAAAGAAGUUUUGUGGCAAAGAUGCAGACCGCAAGACCAAACUAAGCCUUCCAUGAGUCUCUCAUUUUUUGAAGCUCUCACAAAGAAGUUAAGGCUUUCGUAGCAUGUUAUGUAGGAAAGUUAUAAUCAUU